AAGACUAUCAGCCAUGGCUGUGCUUGCUCUCUGCCUCCUGUGGGCCUUAGCAACAGCAGUGCGACCUGCCCCUGUGGCCCCUCGGGGUGGUCCAGAGCCAGCUCAAUAUGAAGAGCUGACCCUGCUCUUUCAUGGGGCCCUGCAGCUAAGCCAGGCCCUCAACGGAGUGUACAGAGCCACAGAGGCUCGCCUGACAGAAGCUGGGCACAGCCUGGGCCUCUUUGACCAAGCACUGGAAUUUCUGGGAACAGAGGUCAGUCAGGGCCGGGAUGCGACACAGGAGCUUCGCACCAGCUUAUCGGAGAUUCAGGUAGAAGACAACGCUUUACAUCUUCGAGCAGAAGCCACAGCCCGAUCGCUGGGGGAAGUGACCCGGGCCCAGCAGGCUCUGCGGGCCACCAUACGGAGACUACAAGUGCAGCUGAGAGGGGCCUGGCUGGGCCAAGCACACCAAGAAUUUGAGACCUUGAAGGCUCGAGCAGACAAGCAGAGCCACCUCUUAUGGGUUCUCACUGGCCAUGUGCAGCGACAGCAGCGGGAGAUGGCAGAGCAGCAAGAGUGGCUGCAAAAGAUCCAGCAGAGACUCCACACGGCAGCCCUCCCAGCCUGAGACUGCCUGGAUGCCACUGAGGACCAGUUGUGCUGCAAGGAACACUGAAUGCGCUCCACCAGGCCCAGAGCGGGGCCAACAGAGCUGGCUGCCCAUCAGCUGUACCUGGCCAGAGCACCCCGCUUCCAGGCAGAGCAGAGACAGAAGCGAGCAGGUGGGACGGAAGACAGAAGACAGAGCCCUAUGGAGGAGGACUGGAAAAAGACAUGAGCUCCCUUAUACCCACAUCCCUCACAAUAAAACAGAACAGAGGCAAUCUAUGAAA